UCUCCAGCAGGGCUUCAGAGGAAAGGGAACCCAUGUCUCUUUCAGGCACGGCUUCUCCCACCCCACAGCCUGAAACACUGGGCUGACAGACUGAAGUUUGGAGAAGGAGAAAAAGCACAUGCAAGUAUCUCCCCCACCUCCACUCACCACCCCUGUCCCUUCCCCACAGGCUGUAAUCUGGGUUGUGUUGCCAAGCUGAUGCACCCCAUAAAGAUUCAGAAGGGAAGGAGCUACCCCAGAUGGCAGGAUCAGUGCUGCAUGGAGGCAACAGCCAGCUAUUCAAACACAUGACAUGUGGCUCCUGGCUUUGAAGUCUCUCCCUCACAUACCCCUCACUGCUUUCUGUUCUGCCAGCUCCAAGAGCAAUGGUACCCCGACCCUCAGCAACAGUGGCUACAUCCUGCAUCAUGCCUAACACUGGACAUUACACUCCAGUAGCAGCCCCUGCAUCUCCUGUUGGAUCUAGCAACACCUCCCUUCCUUGCCUAAUGGCAACCACUGCUCCCUACAAUCUCCACAGCCCCUGCAGUCCUUUGUGCACCAAAUGGGAAUCAUUGUACCUCAGUGUUCAUUACUUCCCCAAUGGCACCUUCCCUUGCAGGGCCUACCAGCACCCACAACGCCAAGAAACCCCAGCAGCACCAGCUACACCUCUACAGCCAGCAAAAAAUAUCUUUACUCCUGACACCCAGCAAACACUGCCCUUGCACCCCCAGCUACAAUUGCUGCAGUCAGCAGCUCCUGCUGCCCACACAAUACUGAGCUAUGCCCCCCCACCCCGGGGGAUGGGGGUUUCCCUCUGAAUAGUUGGUUGAUGGUUGUGUCUCUGUGGGCUGCAGCAGCAUCUAGUAUCAGUCUGUAACUAGGGUAAAGGGGAAGGAUUUCUCUCGGCCAAAGGGAUCCAGUGAUAACCAGAGGGAGGGGACUACAAAUGUGAGCCUGCAGCACAAGACACUCAAGAGGAGACCUGCGGAGCUGCGCCUAACAUGGAGGUCAGAGCAUGGCUCCUCUGCCUCCUGCUGCCAGGGACAGUGGCCCAAGGGUCUCUGUCCUCUGGAGCAUCCUUCCUUUCCCAGGAGGGAGAGCUCUUCCUUAGCGAGAACCCCGUGCCACCAGAGAAGACCAGUGAGACAUCCUCCCACAACCCUGAUGUCUACCUCAUCCGAAGCAAGCCGUCUGCCCAUGUGAGGCCAUAUAGCCUGUCCCUCACCCCUGAUGACUACCACUACACCCCCAAGCCCAAGCAUCUCAGGGCCCCCCGCCUGCUGAAGCUACUGGGCUCCUCCUACGACCCCUUCUGGAUGUCCCUGGAAGACCCACAAGGCCGCAACACCAGCCUGGAGGAGCUGGGCACCCUUAGCCAGGACCUGGCCGAUGGUACCAGCCGCUACCGGAGAAAGUUGCUGCGGGCAGCAGAGGAUUUGGAGUUCCCCCUUCUGCCAGUCUCAGAGGAGGGGCUGCCAGGCAACCUGAGCCAAACCAUCACCCACCACCUCCGCCAGUGGCUGGUGGACAGUGCCACUUGUCACCUGACCUCAUCCUGGGUGGACCUGGGGCCUGUCUUCUGGCCACGGUGGGUGCGUCGCACAGAGUGCGAUGCCUCCCAUACUCACUGCUCCUGGCCGCCAGGCAUGACCUGCCACCCUGCCCAGUUCACCCACAUCAAGCUUCUGGUCUGGCAUUGCUGGGCGAGCAGGGACCCAGGCAUGAGCACAUCCAGAGUUACCCAGCAGUGCACCUGGAGACAGAUCCCUUACCCAGUGGUAGCUGCAUGCAAGUGCUCCUGUCGAUAGCCGACGCAGGAGGAAGAGGAGGAGGGCACUCCUUCCUCCUUGGAAGCUCGGCUCAUGGGUGCGUUGCUGCCUCUGGGCUCCUUGAAGGGCUUGCUGCCAUGUAUCACUCACUGGAAAUGGCCUGUGCAGCUGGCUGGAGAGGCUGAUUCCACCAUGCAGAAACAACAGACAGAAGUUUUCAUGGACCAGCAAGAUGCUGAGAGCGAUACCCCUGAGACCCCGCUGACCACAGCCCUUGAAAGCCAGCACCCUCUGCGAGGAGGUUGAGAAGGUGGAAUGUGGGUGGAUCAUCAGGACUUGAUUGUUGGGGGAGCUGGGACUUGGAAAGCCCUGCCGCGGCCAAGGGAACGAAGCCGAGACCGGAAGGAGGUGGAAGUCAGAGGCGCCACCCUUUCUCCUGUGUUUCCACCCAUUACGGCUAAGUAGGAUCUAGAGGUGAAGUAGAUAGGUGCGCUGGGCUUUGCAGGAUCUAGGGAAAUGGCAGGGAUCACUGUCAUUGUCCUUGAGCCCUGCUGCUAGCAUGGGGAAAUAAAACUACAACAGGUGAA